AUGAAACGAUACCCAUACGACCGAGUCCUCUUCCAUCCAGGAUCCCGGUGCACGACCUGUGACUUCCUCAAGCCGGCGCGCAGCAAGCACUGCAGUUUCUGCAACGCCUGUGUCUCGAGACACGAUCACCACUGUGUCUGGCUUAUGAACUGUGUUGGAGCCAACAACUGCAUUUAUUUCAUCUCGCUGCUCCUGUCACUCUCUGCCAUGCUGGUCUACGGAUCUUAUCUUGGCUAUGUCUUGCUCUCCGAGACCCUUGAAGAGCUCAUAUCGCCAGAUAUGAGGGCCGCCAUUCAAGGCUGGACCAUGUACUUCAACAUGUGGGGUAUUGUGAUUUCCGCCGAUCCCCGGAUUGGAACUGUCUUCCUCUUGAUGCUUAUGACUGCCCCGCUGGCGGGUGCCUUCUUGGCUUACCAUGUAUACUUGAUCUGGGCUGGUACAACUACCAAUGAGACAUCCAAGUGGUCGUACUGGAAGGAUGAUGUCGAGGAUGGAUAUGUUUUCAAGACAAAGCGAAGCUUGAUCUUUGAGAAUCCUCUUCCGAUGACCCCCCAUGAUCAAGCCUGGCCUAUCCACACUGAUCAGAUUCUUGUCACUGACAAUGAUCCUCCAACAGAAGGGUGUUUAUUGGCCUCUGAUUCUAAUUGCAUCGUUCGUCGUCCUGGCCAUGACAUGCCACCCGAUCCGCGAUGGAAGCGACUUGACAGUAUGCGAGAUGUUGACAACAUCUAUGAUUUAGGCUUCUGGGAUAAUCUACGCGAUGUGAUAGGACUAUCUGUUCGACGGUCGAAUAAUGGGCGUAGAUAG